CAUCAACGUGCGCCAGUAGCUGCAGUAAAUAGAUGGAACGUGACCGGUUCCAGUGAAACUUUUAACUUUAGACUUUUAUUACAUUUGAUAGUUUUGGUGCGUUCGGGUUUUCCCGCGUGUUUCCCGGUAGAGCACCGGGUGCGGGUGACGUGUGAGUGACGCUGUGUGGAGCUGCACGUGCUGACGGUCACAUCCUACUGGUUCCACUGGUUCACUCGUUCACAGGGAAGAUGCCACGAGGAGGUCUACCUGACAGGUGGUUGGAUUAUCGGUCUGUUGGUCAACGACUGGACGGGACUCGUUUCAUCGCCUUCAAGGUUCCUCUGAAGCAGGCUCUGAACCGCCCGCUCUCCCCCUCGGACGCGUUCGGCCCCUGGGACCUGAUGGAGAAGCUGAGGCUCGACCACCAGGAGCUCGGUCUGAUCAUCGAUCUGACUUACACCACCCGGUACUACACCCUGCAGGACAUGCCGAAUUGGCUGCUGUUAGUGAAGAUCUUCACGCGUGGUCAUGAGAUUCCCAGUGACACAACGAUCCUGAGCUUCAAGCGCACAGUUCGCAGGUUUCUACGAGAAAACGCAAACAACGACAAACUGAUCGGAGUCCAUUGCACCCACGGCCUGAAUCGCACCGGGUACCUGAUCUGCAGGUAUCUGAUCGACGUGGACGGGAUGGAUCCUGAACACGCCAUCCACUUGUUCAACUCGUCACGGGGUCACGAUAUAGAGAGAGAGAACUAUCUGAAUGAUCUGCAGUGUGGACCCAGGAGGAGUAACCGGGGGAUUGACGAGUAUGAGGCGGAGCCGCAGAGGGGAGGAGCCACACAUCGACCACGAGACGCGGCGCCCGACUCUUACGACAGAGAGGACAGACGAGCCCCUGGUGGUGACUCCUGGGACUACAGAUCUUCUUCCAGAGGAUUAAGCCACCGCCCACAUUAUCGCCCCCCCCACGACACCCCCAGGCCCGACUCGAGGUACCGCCCACAGCAGAUCCACUCUCAGCCUCGUUAUCAUCAACAGACACGAGCCCCGCCCCC